GACCCAGGGGCCGGGAGACGCCGGCAGAGGGAGGGGCCGGGGGCCGGGGAGGUUUGGGGGAGGUCUUUGGCUUUUUUUGACGGAGCUGGGGCGCCCUCCGGAAGCGUUUCCAACUUUCCAGAAGUUUCUCGGGACUGGCCGGAGGGGGUGGGGACUGCCAUAUAUAGAUACCGGGAGCGGGGGAGUGGGCGAAGAGUAGAAUCGUGUCGCCGCUCGAGAGCGAGAGUCCAGUCCCGGCGCCCGCCCAGCCCGACCCAGAAUGAAAAAGGCAGGCAUUGACCUCCCUCUGAGGCAGUUUCCAGCCCUCACAGGUCCACCUUGGUGCACGCAAACCACCUCCCAGCCAUGCGCUCCCUCCUGCUUCUCAGCGCUUUUUGCCUCCUGGCGGUGGCCCUGGCAGCCGAGGUGAAGAAACCUGCAGCUGCAGCAGCUCCUGGCACCACCGAGAGGCUGAGCCCCAAGGCGGCCACACUGGCUGAGCGCAGCGCCGGCCUGGCCUUCAGCCUGUACCAGGCCAUGGCCAAGGACCAGGCGGUAGAGAACAUCUUGGUGUCGCCGGUGGUGGUGGCAUCGUCGCUGGGGCUCGUGUCGCUGGGUGGCAAGGCAACCACGGCGUCGCAGGCCAAGGCAGUGCUGAGCGCUGAGCAGCUGCGCGAUGAGGAGGUGCACGCCGGCCUGGGCGAGCUGCUGCGCUCACUCAGCAACUCCACGGCGCGCAACGUGACCUGGAAGCUGGGCAGCCGCCUGUACGGACCCAGCUCAGUGAGCUUCGCUGAUGACUUCGUGCGCAGCAGCAAGCAGCACUACAACUGCGAGCACUCCAAGAUCAACUUCCGGGACAAGCGCAGCGCGCUGCAGUCCAUCAACGAGUGGGCCGCGCAGACCACCGACGGCAAGCUGCCUGAGGUCACCAAGGACGUGGAGCGCACGGACGGCGCCCUGCUCGUCAACGCCAUGUUCUUCAAGCCACACUGGGAUGAGAAAUUCCAUCACAAGAUGGUGGACAACCGUGGCUUCAUGGUGACUCGUUCCUAUACUGUGGGUGUCAUGAUGAUGCACCGAACAGGCCUCUAUAACUACUAUGAUGACGAGAAGGAAAAGCUGCAGAUCGUGGAGAUGCCCCUGGCCCACAAGCUCUCCAGCCUCAUCAUCCUCAUGCCCCACCAUGUGGAGCCCCUCGAGCGCCUUGAAAAGCUGCUAACCAAAGAACAGCUGAAGAUCUGGAUGGGGAAGAUGCAGAAGAAGGCUGUUGCCAUCUCCCUGCCCAAGGGUGUAGUGGAGGUGACCCAUGACCUGCAGAAACACCUGGCUGGGCUGGGCCUGACUGAGGCCAUUGACAAGAACAAGGCAGACUUGUCACGCAUGUCAGGCAAGAAGGACCUGUACCUGGCCAGCGUGUUCCAUGCCACUGCCUUUGAGUUGGACACAGAUGGCAAUCCCUUUGACCAAGACAUCUACGGGCGUGAGGAGCUGCGCAACCCCAAGCUGUUCUACGCCGACCACCCCUUCAUCUUCCUGGUGCGGGACACCCAGAGCGGCUCCCUGCUGUUCAUUGGGCGCCUGGUCCGGCCUAAGGGUGACAAGAUGCGAGACGAGUUGUAGGGCCUCAGGGUGCACACAGGAUGGCAGGAAGCAGCCAAAGGCUCCUGAGACACAUGGGUGCUAUUGGGGUUGGGGGGAGGUGAGGUACCAGCCUUGGAUACUCCAUAGGGUGGGGGUGGAAAAACAGACCAGGGUUCCCGUGUGCCCGAGCGGACCUUCCCAGCUAGAAUUCACUCUGCUUGGACAUGCGCCCCAGAUACUAUGAUGCUGAGCCCAGAAACUCCACAUCCUGUGGGACCUGGGCCAUAGUCAUCUUGCCUGCCCCCAGAGUCCCAGAUCAAGCCUGCCUCAAUCAGCGUUCAUAUUUAUAGCCAAGUACCUUCUCACCUGUGAGACCAAAUUGAGCUAGGCGGGUCAGCCAGCCCUUUUCUCCUGACACUAAAACACCUCGGCCGCCUCCCCAGCUCUAUCCCAACCUCUCCCAACUACAAAACUAGGUGCUGCAGCCCCUGGGACCAGACACCCCCAGAAUGACCUGGCCCCAGCGAGGCGGAUCGAGAAAGAGCUCACAGGAGGGGCUUCUGGGCAGACUCUGGUCAAGAAGCAUCGUGUCCGGGGUCGUGGGGAUGAACUUUUUGGUUUUGUUUCUUCCUUUUUCAGUUCUUCAAAGAUGGGGAGGGAAGGGGGAACAUGAGCCUUUGUUGCUAUCGAACCAAGAACUUAUUUGUACAAUUUUUUUUUCAAUAAAACUUUUCCAAUGAAA